AUUUCUCAAAUAACUAUUUUAAAAUAACAGUCUAGCUUGCUAAAGCACAUACAACUCGUGUUUUGUACUUAGAAUCCAAAUUUUUUUUUAUACCAACUGCAGCGUCUGCAACUGGACACGACUAUAGCAUUGAUCACUCCAAAAGUAAACCUUUAAAAAUGCCUCCCAAACGCUCAAGAACAACUAAAUCGACAUCCGACCUCUCAAAAAAGCAGAAAAAAGAUGAGCAUGAAUGGAUGAUAAAUGAUUCUACGAAAAAACGUGUUACUAUUUCCCAAUUUAAAGGAAAAGAUUAUGUUCACAUAAGAGAAUAUUACGAAAAAGAUGGAGAGUUUCGUCCAGGCGCUAAAGGAAUCGCCCUCAACAUUGACGAAUGGAAACAAUUUACGACAUACGUAAACGAAGUGAAUAAGGCUCUAGGUAUUGAAGAUUCAACAAGCACUGAAGAUAACAAAUCCGACACUUCAAAACAAUCUGAUCAGCCAUCCGACUCUAAAAUAAAAAGUGAGGAAAGAGUAGUUGAGUCUGAAGAAGAGAACGAAAAUGGUAAGGAUGAUACACCAGAGGAAUGAAGGCAUUUGUUUGCUAGAUAUUGAACAUCAAGAAACCAACUCUUAAAGUCGAGAGAGAAUCGUUUGUUAAAUUAGGCAAUUUCUUGACAAAGAUUGCGCUAAAAAUGAAUCUUUCUGCUUUGUCGUUUCUAAUAGUUCAUAAAACAUAUCCGGAUCAGUACUGAAAUCGUUCUCGUUUUCAAGCAUCCCAUGCCCACAAGUUGGACACUGCUCUGCCUGACCACAGAAAGCGUGGACAAUGUGUUUGCAGGAGUAAGCAGAAAAGGAGUACUUCAACGGCGUUCCACAAAUGUCGCAAAGUUUGUCUGCUUCUGUCAUGUGCUCAAUCUCUUCUUGGAGAUGUUCGGUUUCCGCUUGUAAUUUUUUAGUCGCAACUUCAUUCUUAAGAAUUGGUUAGUAUUUCUUAAUAAAAGAUAUGAUUGAUUGUCGUACUUCGUUAAUAACUUCAUUAAAAUGUGAGAUCCACUUUGUAC